UUGUGGUGAGGGGACAUGUUUGAGUCCAGCAGACCCUGAUCCUUCCGGUCCUGAGCCUGGAGCUGGUCUCAGAACAGCUUUGUGUUGAAUAAUCUGCUUUAAUCUGUUAAUCUGUGCCCUCAGGCCCAGUUCGGUUCAGCUGGGCUCUCAGUUUGUUCUGACCUGCAGAGAUGAAGCAUGCGGUUCUCGGGGACUUUCUGGUGCUGCCCUGGUCCAGCAGUGGAUCCAGACCAGGGGUCCUGGAGGACGGGCAGGGGGGUUUGUUGCUGAGGUGUGGAGCUGCUGUGGGCGUCGCUCUGAUCUGUGUGGUGGUUCUGAGGAAGUGGAUCGCAGGCGGGGUGUGUCAUUGUUUGGUCCGUUUGGAUGGAAAGACAGUUCUGGUCACCGGAGCGAACACAGGCAUCGGUAAAGAAACCUGCAGAGACCUGGCAGGCAGAGGAGCCCGGGUGGUGAUGGCAUGCAGGGACCUGAGGAAGGCUGAGCAAGCUGCAGAGGAGAUCCGACGCUCAACAGGAAAUGGUAAUGUGGUCAUCAGACACCUGGACCUUGCCUCCAUGUUUUCUGUGACUCAGUUCGCCAAGGACUUCCUGGACAGUGAAGACCGACUGGACAUCCUGAUCAACAACGCAGGUGUGAUGAUGUGUCCCAGGUGGAUCACAGAAGAUGGGUUUGAGACUCAGAUGGCUGUCAAUCAUCUGGGUCACUUUUUGUUAACAAAUCUAUUGCUGCCGAUGCUGAAAAGCUCCGCCCCUAGUCGUGUCAUUAACGUGUCAUCCAUCGCUCACCAAGGAGGUUCCGGCGUGUCUGCCUUCUGUCUCCACCCAGGUGUGAUCCGGACUGAACUUAUGCGUCACGUAUCGGGUUGGUUCCCCCUGAUAGGGGCGCUGCUGAGGCUCCCAGGUCUGCUGAUGAUGAAGACUCCAUGGCAGGGUUGCCAGACAACCUUGUUCUGUGCGGUGAUGCCGGGCCUGGAGGACCGGUCUGGCUGCUACUUCAGUGACUGUGCAGAGAAGGAGGCGGCGCCGGAGGGGCGGGAUGACGAGGCAGCGAGGAGACUGUGGGAGGAAAGCUCCAGAUUGGUCGGUCUGAAGGACAGGUGUUGAUGUCUGACCUGAAGACAGCGCCCCCU